AGGGGCAUCUCUGUCCCGCAACUAUAUAAUUUAUGCCCUAGUUCGCCGUUGCCCAGUCUUGAGAUAGAUUACUUUUACUUCCGAACUCAGACACAAAACCGCAGCACGAUAUCCCUUUAUUCGCAUAUUCCCCUCCCGUUGGGCUCUCCAACUCUAUAUAUCUUUCCGACUCUCUCUCUCUCUUCUAGGGUUUGUUUGUUUGGAUUGGUGAGAGAUCUGAUUGAAGAGGAGGACCUUGGUGAUCUGCAAUGGGAGUUCCAGCGUUUUACCGAUGGUUGGCGGAGAAGUAUCCGAUGGUGGUUGUGGAUGUUAUUGAGGAAGAACCUGUUGAAAUCGAAGGAGUUAAGAUUCCUGUCGAUACAAGUAAAUCUAAUCCUAACAACAUCGAAUUUGAUAAUCUUUAUCUCGACAUGAAUGGAAUUAUUCACCCCUGUUUUCAUCCCGAGGACCGGCCUUCUCCUACCACUUUUGAUGAGGUGUUCCAGUGCAUGUUUGACUAUAUAGAUAGAUUGUUCGUGAUGGUGCGACCACGGAAGUUACUAUUCAUGGCUAUUGAUGGUGUUGCUCCAAGGGCAAAAAUGAAUCAGCAGCGGUCUAGGCGGUUUAGAGCAGCGAAAGAUGCAGCAGAUGCAGCAGCUGAAGAAGGAAGAUUGCGUGAGGAGUUUGAGAGGGAAGGCAGAAAGCUCCCUCCGAAGCAGGAAUCACAAACCUGUGAUUCUAAUGUUAUCACUCCGGGAACUGAAUUUAUGGCUGUUCUGUCAAUAGCUUUGCAGUACUACAUCCAUCUAAGACUUAACAAUGACCCUGGAUGGAAAUCUGUUAAGGUUAUUCUUUCUGAUGCCAAUGUUCCUGGUGAAGGGGAACAUAAAAUUAUGUCUUAUAUUCGUCUUCAAAGAAACCUUCCUGGUUAUGAUCCCAACACACGCCAUUGCUUGUAUGGUUUGGAUGCUGAUUUGAUCAUGUUGGCUUUGGCUACCCAUGAAGUCCAUUUUUCAAUACUCAGGGAGGUUGUAUUUACCCCUGGACAACAAGAUAAAUGUUUCCUAUGUGGUCAAGCGGGUCAUUUAGCAGCAGACUGUGAAGGUAAGGCAAAGAGAAAGGCUGGGGAUUUUGAUGAGAAAGGCGAUGCUGAUGUCGUGCCCAAAAAGCCUUAUCAGUUUCUCAACAUUUGGACUCUUAGAGAGUAUUUGGAAUAUGAAAUGAGGAUUCCUAAUCUGCCUUUCGAGUUUGAUUUUGAGUGCAUUGUUGAUGACUUCAUCUUCAUGUGUUUCUUUGUGGGCAAUGAUUUUUUACCCCACAUGCCCACACUGGAGAUUCGCGAGGGUGCAAUUAAUUUGCUGCUUGCUGUAUAUAAGAAGGAAUUGAGGGCAAUGGGCGGGUAUUUGACUGAUGGUAGCAAGCCAAAUCUGAGCAGGGUGGAGCACUUCAUUCAGGCUGUGGGAUUGUAUGAGGAUAAAAUAUUCCAGAAAAGAGCUCGGUUGCAUCAGAGGCAAGCUGAAAGAAUCAAGCGUGGAAAGGCGCAAGCAAAAAGAGGAGAUGAUGUGGAACCUCAAGUUAAACCUGAGUCUCUUGUACCUGUUGCUCAUUUCCGUGGUUCUCGUCUUGCUUCGGGUCCUUCCCCCUCACCAUAUCAGCAGACUGGUUCCAAUUACAGUUCACCGAACUCAAUGUCUGUUAGAAAUGGAUGUCAAAAGCAGUUUGGAUCAUAUGACAAUAAACAAACUCAUGUCAGGGCUCAAAAAGCUGCACGUACGACUUCUGGGGCCACUGUUGGUGCUGCUAUUGUUGAAGCAGAGAAUAGUCUUGAGACGGAUGUACAUGAAAACAAAGAAGAAUUGAAGAUAAAGCUGAAGGAAUUACUUCGUGAAAAGUCUGAUGUUUUCAACUCUGAAAACCCUGAGCAAGACAAGGUCAAAUUGGGAGAACCAGGUUGGAAAGAGAGAUAUUAUGAAGAAAAGUUUUCUGCAAAAACUCCAGAGGAAGUUGAAAUGAUUCGGAAAGAUGUUGUUUUGAAUUACACAGAAGGCCUGUGUUGGGUUAUGCACUAUUACUAUGAAGGAGUUUGUUCCUGGCAGUGGUUUUAUCCUUAUCAUUAUGCACCAUUUGCUUCUGAUAUCAAGGAUCUGGACCAGUUGAAUAUAAGCUUUGAACUAGGUUCUCCGUUCAAGCCGUUCAAUCAGCUGUUGGGGGUCUUUCCAGCUGCAAGUUCUCAUGCACUUCCUGAGCAUUAUAGGAAAUUGAUGACCGAUCCAAACUCACCUCUCAUUGAUUUUUAUCCGUCUGAUUUCGAAGUGGACAUGAAUGGCAAGCGGUAUGCUUGGCAGGGUAUUGCCAAAUUGCCUUUCAUUGAUGAAGCCCGCCUUCUUGCAGAGGUCGAAAAAAUUGAACAUACGUUGGUGGAGGAAGAAGUGCGAAGAAAUAGUGUUAUGUCUGACAUGCUUUUUGUGGCACUAUCUCACCCCCUGUCUCCAUACAUAUUUUCUUUUGACGAUCGUUGUAAACAGUUGACAGAUAAAGAGCGGGCUGGAAUCAAGGAACAACUUGAUCCAAGGGCCAGGGCUACAUGCAGUGGUGGGAUGAAUGGUUAUAUAUCCCUUUGUGCUGGAGAUCCUUGCCCCCCAAUUUUCCGGUCACCGGUUUCUGGAAUGGAAGAUAUUAUGGACAAUCAAGUCAUAUGCGCUAUAUACAGACUUCCAGAUGCUCACAAACAUAUCACUCGACCACCAGCUGGGGUUAUAUUCCCGAAGAAGUCCGUUGAGAUAGGGGAUCUAAAACCUGAGCCCGCUUUGUGGCACGAGGAUAACGGAAGGAAGCCAUGGGAAAAUCGAAGGCAAGAUCCCCCUGGAAGCAUUUCUGGCCGGCAGCUAGGUGAUGCUGCACAUCGACUUGUAGCUAAUAGCUUACAGUUGAGGGCAAAUCCGAAUGGUUACAGCGAUCAGAUGCACGGCCCACCCCCCUACGUUGCUGCAUAUGGCCAACCUUAUUCCUCUUACCAAAACAAUAGAUUCCAUGAUCAGGAGCGCAAUAGGAUGGAUCCAUCUAGGACAGGCUAUCCUGCGGAAACUUCCCAGGGUCACCACCACCAGGCAUCAAAUAUCGCUGCAGUACGAAAUCACUAUGAUCGUAGUUAUGGUCAACCCAUUCCAUCAGCCACACAUGAUCCCUACAGUAGGCCCCAUCAUCAGUAUGAAAGGGAUUCCUACAGUAAUAGGUCCUAUCCUCAGCAUGAAAGGAACAACCGAUCUACUGCCCAACAUAGAGAACACCACCCCACACAGGGAUACUACCGUCCGGGAUUCCAACAAAAUGGUGGAAACAUGCAUCAGUAUCCUCAUCACGUAGUUCAAACUCCAAUCCCAGCAGGUGCCCAUUUUCAUCAACAGAGUGGAGGAUACAGCAAUACCUAUGGGAGCUACCAAUCUUAUGGAGCUGCAGGCUAUCAUCAUUCGAGUGGUAGCUGGGCUCCUCAGGUAGACCAGAGUGUUGGGAGAGGUUAUGGCCGUCCGCAACAAUCAGGCAACCAAUUUUCAGCAUUAAAUAGGGGAGCAAGGAGUAAGCCGCCACCGCCCUCGUCUGGUUAUGGCCGCUAGUUUCCUGAUUGCUUGGGUGAUUGUAGUUUUAACAAUAUGUUUUCAAGUGUUGAAUUGGUUUUUUUAACAAAAAUGUUCUUUUAUUUUUAUUUUUAUUUUUAUUUUUACCUUGUUUCUUUUUUAGAGCCGAUAGUUUAGAUCUGGGUUUUCAAUUUUAUUUGGUUAAUAGUUGUAUUAUUCACCACCUUCCAGGGUGAGCAGAGAAGAAAAUGUUGUAUUUCUCUUCACAUUGUACGCUGCUUGGUGGGAAACUUGGAUAAUAAGAUCCCAGUGUAUGUUAUUGUGAUGUUAUAGUCAUGUUUGAGACAUUUGGGGAUUA